UGCUGGCUCGCGCGCUGCAUGCACGCUCGUAUCUCCGCCUCGCGCGCUUCUCCUUUUGAACCGCGCUCGCGCAGCCGGCGUAGUAAGUGGGGACGCAUAUAAGGCCCCAAACCGACUCCCGUGCCAGCACACUUGGCACGCUCCGUGUGGCCUCUGCCGAUCUACCGCCGACGAGCGACUCCACCGCAGGCGCCAAACGCCACCGACGAACGCCGUCGACAUGAGCAACCUCUACACUCUUUGCUGCCUGCUUGCGCUCGGCGCAGCGGCAUCGGCCCUGACGCGGAAGGAGGAGGCAGCGGAAAUCGCUCGGCGCAAGACCUCCCAGACACACCUGUACAAGAGACCGCCGGCUCGCGCGACAGCGCCGGCGGGAGACGAGGCGGUGACCGAGCUCGACGACGAGGCCGCCGUGUCGGACGAGUGUCCCGAGCCCAACGGCUACUUCCCCGACGCCGAGCAGUGCGACAAGUACUACGACUGCCGCGACGGCAAGCUCACCGAGAAGCUCUGCCCCGACGGCCUGGUCUUCAACGACUUCAGCCCCCAGCACGAGAAGUGCGACCUGCCGUUCGGAAUCGACUGCUCCAAGAGGCCCAAGCUCCAGAAACCAAAGCCGACCGCGCACUGCCCGCGCAUGCACGGCUACUUCGCUCACGAGGACCCGACCAACUGCAACACCUUCUACUACUGCGUCGAGGGUAAAUUCAACAUGAUCAAGUGUCCCGACGGCCUGGUGUUCUCCGAGAAAACCGGCAUCUGCACUUGGCCCGACGAGGCGCAGAAGAUCGGCUGCGGCUCGCGGGAGCUGUUCAACUUCACUUGCCCCAAGGUCGACGAGAGCGUCGCGGCCACCCACCCGCGCUACCCCGACGCAGAGGACUGCCAGUACUUCUACGUGUGCAUCAACGGCGAGACGCCGAGGCGCAGCGGAUGCAAGCUCGGGCAGGCCUUCGACGAGAGCACCGGCAAGUGCGACUGGGCUCGCAAGAUUCCCGAGUGCGCCAAGUGGUACGACGGCGUGCUCACCGACGCCGAGCUCGACGCUUUGGAGAACCCACCCAAGCCCAAGUCCAGCGGAUCUAGCAGAAGGAAAGGGCAGAAACGCAACCAGCAGGCCGAGCCUGAAUCGGAUUGAAGCUCCCCGUGGACAAACGACGUCUGCUUAUCUCAAUGUUAACGAAUCAUUUUCCCCACCCCACUUCCCCUCUCUCAAAUUCCAAUUGUCUGUGUAUGUUUUGGUUGUGCCUUGCGGUUGUAAACGCGCGCAAAGACUGAACUCAACUCAGCUGAUACGUUUUAUUCGACACUUUUUCUCAUAUACAAUGCAAUCUUAGUUUUUCUCGUUCGACGCGAGCGACGACUCAUCCGAAUCUUAGUGCACUAUUUUCUACGCUUGAUCGUAGUCCAUCGUGCUUGUACGUGUAAGAUAGUUAGUUUAUAUGUAUAUCCUAGGAAUAUUUUGUUAAGUGCCGUUCGUAAAUAAUUGAAUGCACGCGUGGGCCGAAAUCGAUAUACACAGAGAAACGAGAUUCCUUCGUUUUGCAAAUCACGAUGACUUUAAUGGCCAAUAAAUGUAUUCUAUUCGACUCAAUCUACAUUGUAAAUGCUUAUUCGGAGUUCUCCACGUGUGGACACCAUGUUGCGAUGGCAAAGAAAAAAAAUAUCACGAUAAUCGAGUCCAUUCGUCAUUCUUUCCUAUACAGCUUUUGAAAAGGAGAGUGGGGAAAGCGAUCGGAUAGAAAAGUGUCGAGAACGAGAAGGGGGAAACUCGAAAAAGAGGGAGACAACGCUA